GAUGGUUAUCAAGGAGGAUGGACACAUGGUCACUGCCCGGCAGGAGCCGCACCUGGUGCUGGUCUCUGUCUCCCAUGGGAACAACUGCCUGGUCCUCAGGGCUCCAGGCAUGGAUGAGCUGGUUUUGCCUAACAAGUUGCCUUCCUCAAACAAACUCCACAACUGCAGGGUAUUUGGUCUUGACAUUAAUGGCAGGGACUGUGGUGAUGAGGCAGCUCAGUGGUUCAACAAAUUCUUGAAAACAGAAAUAUUGAGGUUGGUUCAAUUUGAAAUGGACAUGAAAGGAAGAGAAUCAAGGAAAAUUUUCCCUGCUUUUGUGCAAAAUUACCAGGUGGCCUAUCCGGAUGGCAGCCCAAUCAUGAUCCUCUCGGAAGCCUCCCUGGAAGAUUUGAAUACCAGGCUGGAGAAGAAAGUGAAAAUGGAGAAUUUCAGGCCAAAUAUUGUGGUGACAGGCUGCAAUGCUUUUGAGGAGGACACCUGGGAUGAACUCCUAAUUGGUGGUGUAGAAAUGAAAAAGGUGUUGGCUUGCUCCAGGUGCAUUAUGACCACUGUGGACCCAGAUACUGGAGUCAUAGACAGGAAGGAGCCACUGGAAACCCUGAAGAGCUACCGCCUGUGUGAUCCUUCUGAGAAGCAGAUAUACAAGUCGUCCCCACUUUUUGGGAUCUAUUGUUCAGUGGAAAAAAUUGGAAGCCUGAGAGUUGGUGACCCUGUGUAUCAGAUGGUGUAGUGACAGACCCAGCAGGAUGAUAUGGUAAAGGGGCAGCUUUGCUUCUGGAAUACAGUACCUGGAAACCAUGGCCACAUUUUCUUGUGUUAAGAUAUUUUUUACACUUUGCUGUUUUACUUCUUGGGAGAAUGAGCAGUUUUGUAUUUUGAUCUUUGGAGUUGGAAAAUGUGCUUUAUUUCUAUUCCCUUUGGUAAUCUGUGUACUUCCACCCAGCCUUCUCCACUUUUCCACUCAGUUAUAAAAUGCUGACGGAGGAGCCUCAGCAGAAAGGCAGGCAUAUGUCCCAGUCCAGUAAGGAGUAUCAUUAAGGGAUAGGGAGAUGAAGGUGAGCGAUUCUCAAGAGUUAUGUAUUUAUU